AUGGGUUUUGCCGUCAGAGUUCUUCUACAGUUUGUAAGACGACAUAGUACCCUUGAAAAGAUUCGUAACAUUGGGAUUAUUGCUCAUAUCGAUGCUGGUAAAACGACUACCACAGAGCGUAUGUUAUACUACGCUGGUAAGACCAACAGGAUAGGUAAUGUGGAUCACGGGGAUACAAUUACGGAUUUUCUACCUCAGGAAAGGUCAAGAGGUAUUACUAUUCAAAGUGCAGCCAUUUCGUUUGAUUGGCGAAAUAGAGGUAAGAUUAAUUUAAUAGAUACACCAGGGCAUGCAGAUUUCAGUUUUGAAGUCAUUAGAGCUUUGAAAGUGUUGGAUGGUUGUGUCACCAUAUUUGAUGCUGUAGCGGGUGUCGAAGCACAGACUGAAAAGGUUUGGAAAAUGUCUCAAAAGAUACCGAAGAUAUGUUUCAUUAAUAAGAUGGAUAGAGAAGGGGCAGGUUUUAGUAGAACGGUGAAAGAAAUCAUUAUGAAAUUGAAUACAAGGGUAGCAUUAGUAAAUAUUCCAUAUUUUUCACUGGAUCCUCAAACUAAAGAACAAACUUUUGAAGGGGUCAUAGAUGUAAUCAAUAAAAAACUAAUAAAAUGGAAUAUGGAUGAUCCGGAUAGUGUUAAUGUUGUAGAUAUUGAUCCAAUUAAAGAUUCAACUCUGUAUAAUCAAUUGUUUAAAGCAAGAGAGUCUCUUAUAGAGACCCUAAGUGAAUUUGAUGAUAAUUUAGUGGAAAUAUUCCUUGAGGAUGCUAAUGGUGACUAUUUAGAGUUAUCAUCCUCCGUGAUAAAUAAAACUUUGAGAAAUUUAACUUUGAACAACGAUAUUGCGCCAAUUUUAUGUGGUGCAUCUUUUAAAAAUAUUGGUGUACAACCAUUAUUAGAUGCAGUGGUCGAUUAUUUGCCCUCCCCUAUUGAAACUAGACUUCCAGAUAUCAAUAAAAAAGACUAUGUCAUGAAAUUUGAUCAUUCCAAGGGACUUAUGAUAAAUAAUAAUGGUUCGAUGAGUGUUUCCUUGGCAUUUAAAGUUAUCACUGACCCUAUUAGAGGUUUAAUGGUUUUUGUAAGGGUCUAUUCAGGUACCCUUAAGAAUGGUUACAACGUAUUUAAUACAACCACCAAAAGGCCAUUCAAAAUAGGUAAAUUAGUUAGAAUGAAUGCAGAUGUUCCAGAAGAGAUUAAUCACUUAAACACUGGUGAGAUCGGUGUCUUAACAGGUAGUUCUAUCAAUGGCAACGUCUCUACAGGUGAUACUAUAAUAUCUCACUCGAUAAAAAAGGAUGGAUUAAAAUCUUUUAAAAAAAAUGAAGAAUUAACUUUGAAAAUCAAUCCUAUAGAUGUUCCAGAACCGGUUUUUACAGUUACUGUGGAACCAAAAUCCCUAGGUAAUAAAGAUUCUAUGGAAAAAGCUUUGAAGAGGCUUGUGAUUGAAGACCCAAGUUUACGGGUUACUGUGGAUGAAGAGACAGGGCAGACUUUAUUAAGUGGUAUGGGUGAACUACAUUUGGAAAUAGCUGGAGAUAAAUUGGUUAAUACACUUGGUGCCCAAGUUGAAUUAGGAAAAGUUACAGUGUCAUACAAGGAAAUUAUUAAUGAAACUACUUCUGUGGAAGAUUAUUCUGAUGAAAUUGGCUAUAAGUUUUCAAUUUCGUUGGAACCGUUGGAUAGCUCAGUAAAUGACAUUUCCAACAAAUCAAAUAAUGAAACAUGGUAUCCAUUGGGUAGUGAUAAUAAUUACUUGAUAAUGGAAAAAAGUCAUAAAUAUGAUCUGGAAAGAGAAUGGCUUUUACAAUUAACGUAUGAUUCAAUUGUUAAUUCAAUUAUAUCUAGUUCAAUUGUAGCGUUCCAAAAAGGUGGGAAAAUAUCAAAUUUCCCUUUACAUUCAUGUGCUGUACGUGUUAAUGGCAAUUGGGAGGUACCUCUGGAUGUUGAAAAACCAAACGAGAUUCUUGUAAUUACAAGAAACAUGAUAACUAAAAGUUUGAACAAACUGGCCACUAGUCAGUAUUCUAUGUUACAACCGAUAAUGAGUUUGAAUGUAGAUGUUAAGCCAAGUGAUAUGGGUGUAGUUGUUCGUGAUUUAACGAGUGAUCAUGAUGCUGUUAUCUUGUCUAUUGAUGAUAGGGAUAGUACCGAAAAAUCAGAGGACAAUUUAUUUUUUAAUAAGAUUGCGGAAAAGCAAUAUGUACCAGAUGAUGUUACUUUGAAUUUGAUGAAAACUUCAAAUGUAAAUGAAAGUUCAAAGCAUGUCAAAGCUGAAGCUCCUUUGAGAAAGAUGAUUUCUUAUAACAAGAAACUGAGAAGUCUGACUCAAGGGAGAGGCGAUUUCCAGAUGUAUUUUGAGAAAAUGGAAAGGGUUACCCCAGAUCAUCUGAAGGAAAUCGUUGAUGAUUUAUGA